UAAACGCUGGGUCCGCUAAGUCGGUGGUGAAGUGAACAAAACAACGAGAUUCAUUGAAAAUCUAGGAAUUGAUAAAACAUUUUCUGGUUUUAGCCGUAUUGUGUUUGAUAGUUCUUUAAAGUUACUGGUAAAUAACAGAUUUGUCUAUAAUGGAAGAUUCUACAUUAAACGACAUCAGUAAAAUGAAAGUACUUGAUAUGCGAAGAGAACUUAAAUCACGUGGACUGUCGGCGUCUGGUGAUAAAGCUGUUCUCCAAGCGAGAUUACAGGCAGCGAUGGCUCAGGACGCCCAUGACGAGCACGGAGAAAUCAAUCUAGACUCGGAUGAAAUAGAUUCAGAUGGAGUGUUGGAAGACGAAGACGAUAAAAGCCAGAACGAUAUCCUCGAUGAUGUCGCCGUAGACACAUUAAACGAGGAGUUAGCCCUCGAGGAAAGCUCUCCGCCAAAGCAGCCCCCGGAAACAAAACCACUUAGGACAUUGAAAAGAAAAAUCACAUCAGAAACAAAAGCCACAGAAAAUAAGGAGGCAGGUGCAAAGAAAAUUGUGUUAAACAGAACAAUUUCUGUAACAACCAUUUCUGCUAAACCUGAAGAAGAAAAAAAGGAAAUUACUCCACCGGAGCCAGAUUUAAGUGUAAAAACUGCAACUAAUAAAAUUAAAAUAACAGCUGAUAUUGAUCCUAAAACAAGAUUGGAGAUGAGAGCUAAAAGAUUUGGUUUGCCAGUGACAAUGACAGAUGAGCAACGAAAGGAGGCAAGGAAACAAAGAUUUAACCAAAGGACUUCAUCAAGUAAUAGUAUACUUGAUGCUGUAAACACUGGUUCGCUGACUGGUAACUUGGAUAAGUUAAAGAAACGAGCCGAACGAUUUGGCCAGUCAGUCUCUGCUAUAAUGACUGACAUUGAAAAUAAAGAAAAAAUAGAAAAGCGUAAAGCUAAAUUUUCAACUGUUAAAUAGAUUUGUGGUAGCCAGUUGCAACUUAUUGAUCUGUUGUGCAUAUUGCACUGGAUUUUUUUUUUGUAAUUAAUAAGUCACACUGAAAAUAUAACUAUGUACUAUCAUAGUUCAGUUUGAAUACUUUUAAAUUCUUUAAUUUUAAGAUUAUAACUAAUUGAAUAACCAA